UACAAAAGAUUCCCAUCUUCUCAGCUACACUUUAUUUCCAUGCUGUGUGUUAUUGGCAGAAUGAGUAUUCAGUGUACGGUGUGUAACAUGGGGUGGCUUUCAGUGUCCUAGCCUGACAUGACAUCAUGAUUAUGCUGUUAGUUCUAUUGAUCCUGCUAGUCAUAGAGUGGACAUAAUUUAGUGAGCAUAUUGUGGUGUUGGAUAGGAAGGUGCUUGCUGUUUUUGCCAGUAGAGCAUAUUUGUUCUUUGGCUCCUCCAUUGUCUGGGCCCAUGGUGAGCUGUAGAAGGCAGCUCUUCAGUAAUCAUGCAGUAUAAUGGCUUGUAACGUAACCACUGUGGUUAUUGAUUGUCCUAUGUGCUCAAGGCAUACUUACGUAUGUCCCCGGGGGAAAGAAAAACAUACAGCUGAGAGUUGCUAACCAUGUUCCCUUGGUUAGAAAUGAUUCUUUUUUUAACCCCUGGUUGGAGUAGUUUCUAAAAGGCUCUGGUAACUGACCUUAAUUCCUCAUGCUAUUUUCCCGAGAAGGUGUCAAAACUGAAAAUCUCUUAAGGGGAAGACCUUUAAACUCAGUUCAUAAGACAACUUUAUUAAAGGGGGUAUUGGAGGUUGCAGUAAUCUUCACAUGAUGUGGCUUUUUUUGCCAAGAAAAGCCACAUACAGAUUGUAGCUGGUGAAAGCUUCUUUCAAUGUUAUUUUAAGAAACCACCUUGGGUCUGUAUAAUACUGUUGGCUUAUGAGCUUCACUGUGUGCUCACUUCUUACUUGAGCUUUAAAUAGAGUCCUCUGGUAGGGGAGUAGUGAUCUGGAGGUGAGAUCAGAAAUUAACUUACACCACUUUUUGUCAGUUGGGGACUUUAGUUGAUUCUUCCUUCCAUGGGAGGAACAUAAAUUGCUGUUGCUCAGAGACCUUUAGGUUGCUAUUGACUUGAAGACCGUUUUCUUGGCAACCAGGGGAUUAAAAAAAAAUGAUGCUGUGUGUUGCUAGUCCACAAUUAUAGAACAUGGUUUGUAAUGGUUGGAUUUUUAGGGACCCUCCCUGAAGAAUGAGUUAUGUAUCUCCUUGAGGAAAUCAUGGAAAAUUCUGUUAUUCUUCAGCCGCUGCUGCGUGACUGCUCCCCCGCCUCCGCCCCGGCCGCUGCAGGGAUGCUGUUCUCUCCCCGCCUGCUGGGCUGCUCGAGGACCUGCUCCCGCGUCCUGGGACUGAGCCUGGGGGCUGCGGCGCUGUUCGCCGCCGGUGCCAAUGCUGCACUCCUCUUCCCCAGCUGGGACGUCACCUACCUGCUUCGAGGCCUCGUGGGCCGGCACGCCCUGCUGGGCUCCGGGCUCUGGGGAGGCGGCCUCAUGGUGCUCACGGCUGCCACCCUCAUCUCCAUGAUGGGCUGGAGAGGCUGCUGCUUCGGGAAGAGUGCACCGUGUUGCAGCAUCCUCACCGCUCUGCUCGCCAGCGGCUUGGCUUUGCUUGGAGCCCUGACCUGCUUCAUCACUUCCGGAGUGGCCCUGAGAGAUGGUCCGCUAUGUAUGUUUGAUGUUUCAUCCUUCAAUCAGACACAGGCGUGGAAAUACGGCUACCCAUUCAAAGACCUGCGGCACACAAAUUAUCUGUAUGACCGUUCGCUCUGGAACUCUGUCUGCCUGGAGCCCUCCAAGGCCGUUGUCUGGCACGUGUCCUUCUUCUCCGUUCUGCUGUGCACCAGCGCCCUCCAGCUCCUCUUGGUGGCUGUCCAUUCCGUCAACAGCCUCCUUGGCCUCUUCUGCAGCCUCUGUGAGGAGUGACAGGGUCUCACUAUGUAACCCAGGGUGGCCUCCAACUCACGACCCUGCCUCCUGCACCACUGCGCAUGCGUAGAGUGGCUCCUCCCCCUCUCUUCUGGUGACCCCGCCUCCUGUCCCACUGCGCAUGCGUAGAGUGGCUCCUCCUCUCUCAGCGGCGACACAGCCCCGGGAGAUUUGGGGUGCACGCGGUGGGAGACUGACCUUGCGGCCUUGAGGUCAGUGUGCAGCCCAUGGUGACAGCGCCCAGCCUUCUCUCUCCAGAAUUCGAUUUUGGUCCUCAUCAGGGGACGGGGGAGGGAAAAGGCCUUGGAGAAGGAAGGAGGAGAGAGUUCCGGGCCGGUGUGGCUCUGUCCAGCAGGAUGGGGCCAGGCAAAGCUUUUCUGAAGCAGAAAAGCCAUCUGUGGUCGCGCGUGCUUUCGUGACCACCAUCCUGGGCCAGGAGGGUGUUUUCCGGUUCCUAGUCCCGCGCAGAAGGAGGCCCGUCCUCAGGGCAGUGUGUCCUUCUGCUUCCCGUUGGCGCUCAGGCGUCCGGAGGACAAAGGACAUUUCUCGUGGACACCUUGUCCCGUGUGAAGUUCGUAAGAAUAUGCGCGGUGACAGCUUGGUGCGGCGCGUGCUCGCGGAGCGGCUGGGACACAGCACUCGGAUCGGUCAGCGUCAGCCUCCGCUCCCAGCCCGCAGUCCUGCUAAGCAGGAGUGCCCUUGUCUGCAGUGAGGGUGACGGCUUAGCAGUACUGUCACAUAGCGUGGGGAAAAGGUUUUCUGCAGCCUUUCUGCAAGCUGGAGGUUGUUUCAAAUGUGUAAGACUUGGCAGGAAGAACUAUUAAAGAUCGCACUUUUUGCUUAAACUGCUCAGCUGUGUUUCAUGGACAGGGACCUUCUCGUGACAGAGAAGUUGAACAGGUUUAUAAUUCAGGGUCUUCUUUAUCUUCCCAUCUUGAUCCUGAUCCUUAUAGUGAGUGACCCCUUGUAUAGCAACAGUCCCGCACUCCCAUCCAAAUCUGUUAUUCUUGCCAGGAAAGGCCUCAAUGUUACUCGUUUUUCAAUCUCUAGCCCUAGCAAAGAUGUCACAAUAAAGUGCUCAUUAAGUCGA